AUGGGGAAACCCGCGCCGAGCGCGCCGCCGACGUCGUCGUCCGCGCCGUCCGCCGCCGACGCGUACGCGCGCGUCGUGACGAAGAAAUUUACAUUCAAAGGCGGCGCCGCGCUCACGGCGCGCGCGGAGGACAAGGCGAAGAAGCGGGCGAAGAAGGAGGCGAAGAAGGCGAAGAAACGAGACGGCGCCGAUCGCGAGGCGACGACGGCGGGCGGGACGAAGUCGUACGAGGACGAGUUUCCCGAGGAAGCGCGGCGAGCGACCGAGGGGCGAGGGCGAACGGUGGCGUUCGGCACGAAUUAUCGAGCCGCGCCGGAGACGUUGCACGGGUACUCGCGGAAGUGGCGAGACACGCCCGCGAGCGCGAUGACGAGAGAAGAAAAGCUCGAUCUGCGCAGCGCGACGAAGGCGGACAAGUUUUGCAAAUAG